UCAGUCUCAGUCAGUCUCAGUCAGUCUCAGUCAAACACCAAUGCUGCGCUUGAUCGCGCGGCCCGUUACUGCUGUGAAUGCUGCUGCCUCUGGCACUGCUCCUCCUCCGCCAGUGCUGCUGCCGCGCCGUCACGCGUCCUCGUCACGCAAUGUAAUCACUCACCAGGCACCACGUCCGAUGGCAGCCGCAGCGAUGCAGCAGCGCGUCCCGCACGGCGGCGUGUCGUCCUCUGCGUCUUGGUCUUGGCGAUCGUUGAGCAGCGCGGCUCCUGCGCUCGGCCGAGCGACCCGCGCGACCCAAGCACAAGCUCACGCCGAUGAAGAGACACCAUCCACGACUGAAGCGUCGGCCAAAGAGCGACCGAAGGCAGGCCGAGCAAACAAGUCCACUGCUGCUGCUGCUGCUGCUCCAGCCAAGAGCAAGUCCAAACCAAGCGCAGCCGACACUGCAGACGACGACGCCGCCGCCCCCAUCAAGACCUCGAGUCGCAAGCAUACCAAGACCAAAAGCAAGCUGCCGGCGGCCGAUGGUGGUGCCCGCUACCCAGCAGUCACUUCCACGCUGGACCAGCACGCACUGGACCUGUUGGCAGCCGUGCCGAAACAACCAAAGCCUGCAGCAAAUUCAAAGCGCUUGCACGAGCAUGUCAGAAGGAGCAGAUACGAGUAUCAACACACUGCCGAAGCGUCGCUCGGCCGACUGCGAUCAUUACAGAUGGUCGUGCUGCCGCCCUUGUCCAAGUUUAUCAUGUUUGAACCCUCGUUCAACCAAGCACACACUGUGUCCAACCAGACAGUCCAGUAUCCGGCUCGCAAGCGCGCCUUGCUGCCCAUCGCGGCUGACUUUGCCACCGUGCCAAGACUCGCGCAGCAGGUUCGCAACGUACUUGUCCAGUCUGCCGUGCAAGUGUUGCCGCGCCAGCACACCGCAGAGCUGUAUCAGCUUGCAUCGAAUGUUGUCGAUACGCCACUGGUACGCGCCUCGGAUGUUGUGCGCAAUGCCAUGACCGAGCCAUACCUUCAGUUUGCCCUCCACGUCCGCCACCUCUUGGUCGGUUGCAACUCACUCGAAGGCCAACCUCGCUUUUACAUGACCUGUGGCACGCUGCUUCCGCGUAUCGGCGCGUAUACCUUUCUGCUGACCGAGGGGCUUGCUACCAAGAGUUGGUCCGGAAUCUGUGUUGGACCCAACUAUCUUCCCGUGAGGAAUGAUCUCUUGCCCGAGCCAUCUUCCUUUGCGCGACUGUUGACUUCCGAUGAGCUUGUAGCGGGCAGGCAAAAGUCAACGCAACGACAAACAACGCCCGUCGUACCCAGCCCAUUGACGAGAUUUGCGCUCCAUCUUCUAAACACCCCUGGCGUGAAUGUGGAAGAGGCCUUGGCCUCGUUUCGCGCGCUGCCCGACGCUCCCAAGCUCCCAAUUAAGGAAAACGACGAAGGCACUCCGGCAGACGCGGUCGGGAAAUUGCUUUCUCCCCGCCUGGUGAGCAUCACAUUCCCGUUAUUUUCGACCGCUGGCGUGCUACUGGUGCAAGUUGCCCAGGCCUUGCGUCAACUGUGCAGCAGCAACAGCAGCAGCAGCAGCAGCAGAAGAAGAAGAAGCAACAGCAGCAACGCUGCUGAAUCCAUGGAUGUCGUGUGGCCUCGGCUCAAUGCUGUCGCUGAACGGUAUUUUGCGCCUCUGCUUGCAACAAACAUCCCCUCAGGUCGUCUGCUUGAGCAGUUUAUGCUUGGGGUCGUCUGUGUCUAUGCGCAACACAUCGAGGCGGUUGGGAUUGCAACCACCUUUGGCAGUCGUGUUACCGCGACCAGUUCGCGCUUUCCUUCAAGCCGAGGAAUUUUGCGGCCUGCAGGAGCGGUCAUGGUGCCCGCAAGCGCGGAACUAACGUCUGGCACGCAGAGCAAGACCGCCAGUGCCGCUCGCACUUCCUGUCCAACAAGCGCUGCGGCCACCCUUGGGCCGAUUCUCGCAGGAGUGCGAGGGUCUUGGUGGAGCAUUACCAGCGGCGAGCCCACCAAACCCCACGAAUACCCGCCGGACGUAUGCUUGCCCAUCCCUUGGUGCCCUCCCGACUCGCAGUCGGUGCUCUUGCAUCGCCGCCUGCCAGAGGCCUUUGAUUCAGACUUGCUCUCGGACAAUCCGCCGCGCGGCGCGGUCGUUGCCCAGCCAUUCACCUUUUCCGUGGUCUCCUCACCGAGUUGGUUGGAGCACUCGUCUCCCGGCUUGGCUCCAAAGUCUGCUUCUGCUACUACGAGUCCGGAUCUGCUCGCGCUGCGCGAGCUGGUCGUGACGUUGGGGCACACUGACCCAUCCCAACGCUCGCUCAAACUCACCAGCCUGCACACCAUUGCCGAGCACGAGCUCCAUCUGGAAGAUUUCGAGGGCGCACUGCGCACCUGCACGUUGGGCAUUGCCAUCGAACCCAACUUUGUGCAGCUGCGGUUGACGCGCGCCAAAGCAGCCCACAAGCUCGGUCGCCACGCAUUGGCGCUCGAAGAGCUGGAUGCGAUCGACUCGCUUGUUGAGCAGCACCGACGCGGCGACCUCCAACUGCCCAGUGCCACCCAGCUGUUGGUCAACAAUAACUACGCUUGGCGCGCGGCCUACGGUGCCAUUGAGCAGCUUCGAGCAUUGCUCGAUCCUUCAACCGUUUCCGAUUAAUCAACCAGCAGCAGAAAAAUCAAAAACAAAAUAAAAGCAGUAUGUUCGAACAGCCGACCAA